CAAAACGACAAAUUUUUGUAUGCACAACUGCACAAGUAUAAAUCAACUUAUUAGGUGAUUCGAUUCCGAACGUCGUCUGGGCGGAUUGUAGGAAGGGAAUCCUGAUUUCAUUGUACUUGAGAAUUUGAUGGUGGAAUCUUGGGACGGCACCCUUUCUUGCACUGAGUUCUUCGUUGCAGCUUCCACUUUUUCGGAGCAGUGGCGGAAAUUCAAUUCAUCUUUACCUCAAUGGACAUGGAUUCCUUCCCCUAAACGGCCCUGGCUUUCCACUAAUGAUCAAGUGGGAUACUUGUCCCUGGAAAAUGUAAUUCUUCCCAGGUUAUCAGAGGGAGCUGCUCAUUACAGCAGCGAUGUGGCGGAGAAAGAAGAGUGCUGUAGUGAUUGUGAAGAUGAGGUCGUUGAUACUGCUGUAGUUGUUCUCAAUGAUGGCCCUGUAGAACAUCGCUACGACCUUCAUGCAGUUUAUAGUGCUUCCUACAGGGUUCCGGUGCUAUAUUUUCGUGCUUACCACAGUGAUGGGCAGCCUCUGCUGUUAGAUGUCAUUGAAAAAGAUAUCCCUAUCGACUCAGCUCAACUGCUAGCUAGAGCCAAGUGGACAUUCAUAACUCAGGAGGAGCACCCUGAACUGAGGCGACCAUGGUAUACGUUGCAUCCUUGUGGAACCAGUGAAUGGAUGAAGCUACUCCUAAGCAGCGACAUUUCAGCUGCUCAAAACAGGAUCCCUCUAGAAAAGUACCUGCUUUCGUGGUUCUCAGUAGUCGGGCAGGUUUUUGGUAUUAAGCUUCCUUUUGAGAUGUUGAAUCUUGUUGCUUCACAGUGAUUUAUACAGUUAUGUGCAUCCUUUCAAAUAUAAUGUUGUGUACUUGCAAAUUUGGACCUACUUAGUGUAUUUAGUAUAAAAACAAAUUCAAUUGUAAAUAUACAUCUUUGAAACGUGAAUCGUGUGUAAUAUAAGUACAAAAUUGUAUAUAAA